AUGUCAUCGCUAUUUGUGGGGGAAGAUGACGAGUUAGGACAGACUUUGCUACAAGCCAAUGAAGUACAGGAGGAGAGUACCAGUGAAGGUCUGAAUCAUAAUCUACCGCAAUCUUCUGUUUCAGAUGAUGUUGACGAAGAAGUCACCGAAGUUUGUUGCACGCUUCCUUUGAAGUUUCAACAAGAAAUCGUAGAAGAUAUGCUUCUGCGCGACGGAUUGUUGAUUUUGGGACGUGGUUUAGGGUGGAAGACCAUCGCCGCCAACUUGUUGCAUGCUUUGUGUUCACCAAUUCUGUUGCAAAAAGGUCCCGGAGUCGCUCCGAAACGAAGUUUGAUUAUGGUUUUAAACGCCAGAGAAGGAGAAAUAUUACUGCUUGAAGAAGAGCUCACCGAACUCCAGUGGAUAGAUAACGCUACCAAGCUCGAGCUGAGUGAUGAUGAAGCAUUGACUGUGAUUCGAGGCGAAGCUACAACUGCUGAUAAGAGACGACGUCUUUACGAUAAAGGCGGUGUGGUUUCGGUUACUUCUCGAGUUUUGGCGGUUGAUAUGCUCUCUGGAGUCAUCAAAUGUAACGAAAUAACAGGGCUACUUAUAGUCCAUGCCGAGACCAUGAAAGAAGCAUCGAAUGAAUCGUUUAUCGUCAACUUGUAUCGAGAUGAAAACGACUGGGGAUUCGUGAAAGCCAUUUCUGAUGAGCCCGAAAGCUUUACGGGAUUCACGCCGUUGGCUACCAGCCUCAAGGUGCUUCGACUCACUAAUGUCUUCCUUUGGCCCCGUUUUCAUGUCGAAGUUUCCUCGUCACUUCAGGCUCGCAAAAAAGGGUCUAAAGACGAUCGACGUUCUGUCAUCGAAAUCAACACAAAAAUGUCCUACAAGAUGAAAAAAAUCCAGGCGGCCAUUCUAGCAUGUAUAGAGGCCUGUCUCAACGAACUCAAGCGUCACAAUGGCCUGCUAGCAACUGAAUAUUGGGACAUGGAAAAUGUCCAUGAUCGAGAUUUCGUCCCUCGAAUUCGUAUGGCUUUGGAUAGCCAAUGGCACCGCAUAACCUACACAUCGAAACAGUUGAUUUACGACUUGGGUACACUAAAAGAUUUUCUCAAACAUCUCUUGAGUUCUGAUUCCCUCAAGUUCUACCAAACCGUGCAAAACAUCAUUGACCUGAAUGUCAAAUCAAAGACUGGUACUGGUGCUCUCUCUACGACGACUAUAAGUCCAUGGCUUAAUUUGGAGGAGGCCACCACCAUUAUUUCCUUUGCCAAGGAACGGGCUUUGGGAAAACUUCGUAUAGAACGCUCAAAAACCACGCUAGAGGAACAGGAUGAAUCACUAGAAGAACUCACUCCCGGACACAUAUCUACCCAUGAGGAAUAUAACCUUGAGCUGCAACCAAAGUGGGGCCAACUAGGACUUUUGCUUGAUGAUAUAAUGCACGAAAAGGCCAUUUUGGGUAAUGUUCAACAGCCAAUCCUCAUAAUGUGCUCAGAUUUGUCAACUACAAGACAAUUGGCUCAGUUGUUGCCCAUUUUGGAAUUGAAGGAUAACGGUGGAAGAAAGAUUUUCAGUGCUCGAAAGUAUAUGAUUCGACGACUAAAUGAUUAUUUGGCGUGGAAAGAAUUGAGCAGACUUACAAAGCAGAUCAACACGGAACUAGAAGUGAAGGAAGAAGAUACAGACUCGAAAGAAGACGACGACAUUUAUACCUCAAAGACGUUCUCUAGAGGAAGAGGCGAGCCCAUAAGUAAACGGAGAAGAACCAGAGGAGCCAGCACAGUAGCGCUGGUUACACGAUUGCAUUCCAGUGCUGGACUGAACCAGAUUUCUGAAGCGCCUGAUUUGGAUCCAGUAAUUGUGGACAACUUGAAGAGAGAAGUUAGCGAUGAAGAUGUACUUGAAUCGGGCGGAUUUGAAGUCAAUGAUGAAAUUUAUGUGGAUGAAAAUUCCACUCAACGACAAGAAAUUGAACAUAUCAGUCAAAUGGACCAGAUAGUCAUUGAAAAUUAUCAUGGAAACAACAAUGACUUUAUCCAAGAAUUGUCUCCUUCACACAUUAUCAUGUAUGAACCCAAUCUUCCAUUCAUCAGGGCUGUGGAAAUAUACCAAGCGAUCAACAAGGACACUCCAGCAAAGACAUAUUUCAUGUACUACGGAACCUCUGUUGAAGAGCAGAAACAUCUUAUGCAAAUCAAAAAAGAAAAAGACGCAUUUACCAGACUUAUUCGUGAAAAGGCAAACUUGGGACGUCACUACGAAACUGCCGAGGACAACAACAAGUUCCGUUUACAAAGAUCCGAUGUGGUUAAUACCAGGAUAGCAGGCGGAGCAAAUUUUAGAACAGAAAGCGACGAAUUCAGGGUUAUCGUUGAUAUCAGAGAAUUCACAUCGUCGCUUCCUGGCAUUCUUUAUCGAGCUGGCAUAAAGGUGGUUCCUUGUAUGUUGACGAUUGGAGAUUAUAUUGUGACUCCCAAGGUGUGUGUGGAAAGAAAAGCCAUACCAGAUCUUAUUUCCAGUUUCAAAAGCGGACGAUUAUACACUCAAUGUGAGCACAUGUUUCGACACUAUGAAUUGCCAACUCUCUUGAUAGAGUUUGAUGGUUCCAAAUCAUUUUCAUUCGAACCUUUUGCCGAUAUUAGGCCUCAGAAAGGCAAUGCACCCAAUGCUAUAGCCACUAAACUCUUGAAACAAGACAUUCAGUCCAAAUUGAUGAUGUUGCUUCUUGCAUUUCCUAAGCUUAAAAUCAUCUGGUCGUUCUCGCCGUAUGAAACAGCCCAGAUUUUUUUGGAAAUAAAGUCCAAGCAGGAGGAGCCAGACAUAGACAGUGCUAUCUCCAAGGGCGUGAAUCAAUCUUUGACAACAGAAAAGGGAGAACCACCAGUAUUCAAUGAAGAUGCCAUCGACUUGAUCCAGAACAUACCGGGAAUUAACAAUGCGAAUUACUAUAGUGUCAUAAAUCGGUUUAAAAGUAUUGAAACAUUGGUGAGCCUGACCGAGGACGAGUUGGUGGAGACAUUGGGUCAGGAAAAUGGCAUAAAAGCCUAUCGGUUCAUUCAUCGGUCGCUUCGAUAG